CCGGCAAUUAAGAUUAAAAUUGUAGGGUGAUUACAAUAUGUGUAAUACUAAUUAAUACCUACGUAAAUCGCCAUAUAAAACUCCUUGUGAGAAGGAGUAUGCAUGGUAGGUCUGACUCUUAGCUAUGAUGGGGCACCUCUGAGUCAGUGAUUGCUAUUCUACCAAUAAUCAGCAGCUUUAAAUUGUUUAUUCUAGCUUUGGUAAGAGAUCGAUGAGGUGACACUAUAUAAUUAUGCGCAGUGAGACCAUGUUUUAUAAUAUUUUCAUCCAAUCAAUCAGGAAAGCACAAGAUAGAAGUUAAUCAACAAUGUCAAAUGAAAGUGCAGCAGCGGAUUCCGAUCCCAACUCCGGCGUUGAUCCUUACCAGCGCCUCCAGAUAGCACGCAAUCCCGACGGCAGCAUCACGCGCUUGUUCAAAAGUCCAGACGCCCCGCCCUCAUCUGAUCCCAAGCUUCCCACUCCAGUUCUCACCAAAGACAUCCCCAUCAACCAAUCAAAUAACACCUGGCUUCGACUGUUCCUCCCCCGCCAUGUACUGGACCAAACCUCACCAACUACCAAGCUCCCUCUCGUCGUUUAUUACCAUGGUGGAGGCUUCAUAUUACUUAGCGCAGCCUCAACCAUUUUCCAUGAUUUCUGUUUCAACUUUGCAGCCGGCGUCCCCGUGAUCGUCGCAUCUGUCGAGUACAGGUUGGCUCCUGAGCACCGGCUGCCGGCGGCUUAUGAUGAUGCAGUGGAGGCGCUUCACUGGAUCAAAACCAGCCAAGAUGAUUGGUUGAGAGACUACGCUGACCUCUCCAAUUGUUUCCUUAUGGGAUCCAGUGCUGGGGGUAACAUAGCCUACAAUGCGGGACUUCGUGCGGCUGCUGAGGGCAUUGACCUUCUCCACCCGUUGAAGAUUAGAGGGCUGAUAUUGGUGCAACCGUAUUUCGGGGGGAAUCGAAGGACUAGUUCAGAGUUGAGGUUGGUGAACAACCCUGUUUUGGCGCUAAGUGUCUGUGAUCUCAUGUGGGACUUGUCGUUGCCUAUCGGGGCUGACCGUGAUCACGAGUAUUGCAAUCCAAUGGCGCGUGGCGAUUCUAAUGGCUUUGAUCAAGUGAAAGCACUUGGGUGGAAAAUCUUGGUGAGUGGCUCUGAUGGAGACCCGCUGAUCGAUCGUCAGAUUGAGCUGGUGAAGAUGUUGGAGGCAAAAGGUGUACAAGUGGUGAGUCAGUUUAUCGAAGGAGGUUAUCAUGGGGCUCAAGAUGUUGAACCCUCCAACGCCAAGGAUGUGUUUGUGCUUGUUAAACAUUUCAUAUUUCCUUAAUUUGUAACUUUUGCACUUUUCCAAUAAUGUUAUGAUAUCAAAAAUAAAAUACACAAAUCCUUGGUUAACUAUCCCGUAGAACAAGGCCUAAACAUGCAAAGUGCUGCAUCAUUAUGAAUUUCAUCACAUUGAAAAAUUCACUCACAGCCCUAAAAAGGAGAAGGAAAAAAAAAUACAAAGAAGAACAUCAGGAAGAUUGCCUUGAAUAGCUUUCUAAGAUCGCUGCAGUGCAAUGGAGAAAAGCAGCCAAAGAUAGAAAUAGCCAAAAACCAAAGGAAUUCACAAAAAUAACAUAGACCCAGUGAAAAAUUGAAUAAAUUAGAUAUUUAGAACAUGACUUUAAUCU